AUGGCAUGCGCUGACUGUGUCUCCGGCUCUGUCCACGUUGGCGCCCCUGUCGGGACAGAGAUCACGCUCGGUGGCCUGCCGACGUACGCCACGGGCGACGAGGGCUCGAAGCGUAUCAUCGUCAUCGGAUCAGACAUCUUCGGCUGGAAGCUGGUCAACACCAGGAUACUCGCGGAUGAGUACGCUGCACGCGGUUUCCGUGUCUACCUUCCAAAUCUAUUCGACGGCUGGAAGAUUCCUCAAUGGACACUUUCCGCAACAGAUCCUAAUAACGAUUCACCCACGCUCUUACAAAGAGCGAUUAAGCCGCUGUUCCUCUUCACGAUGGUCCCUUUCCUCCUGCGCAACAGCAAGGAUGCGCAGUCCGCCAAGAUCGGCGGCAUACUGAAGGAGCUGCGCGAGACGCAGCCCGAGGCAAAGGUCGGCUUCGUCGGCUUCUGCUGGGGCGGCCGCUACGCGAUCACGAUGAACAAAGACUUUGACGCGACCGUCGCGGCCCAUCCGUCCCUCGUGAGUUUCCCCAAGGAGCUCGACGGCAUCACAAAGCCUAUCAGCUUCGCCAUUGCGGAGACCGAUGACCACUACGGUCCGCGUCAUGCGACGGAGACGGAGAGGAUUCUGAAGGAGAAGGGGUUGACCGACUUUGAGGUGGUGGUGUACAAGGGCGUGAACCACGGAUGGACGGUGAGGACGAAUAUGGCGAUACCCGAGAAGAAGGAGAAGAGGGACGAGGCGAAGGAGCAGGUGCUCGUCUGGUUUGAGCGAUAUUUGAAACCGGAGGGAGCGUGA